GAACGUCUUCCUCGUUCGCCUAAGAUUCAAAGUCUCGCGUGGAUUCAUUCAUAACAAAGCUUCCCUCAGCGCCUUCAGUCGUGUUGCAAGGUGUGUUGAUAAAGGGUUUUUUUGAAAGGUGGCAGCAUUUCAAUUCAGUCAACACAAUGAUCAGGAGGACAAAACCUCGUGGAAAUGAAGAGAGCAAGGAAACAAAAAAGGCUCCAGUUCUUAAGUUUUCAGACACGCAGCUGAUUGCAUCUGGUGCGGCCAGCCAUCGAAACGUAUUUAGUGCUCUUGCAGACACUUCUGUUGAAAUGAUUGAUGUUGAUAUUGGGGGGGAUCAUAGUGGCGAGGAUGUUGAAAUGGAAGAGCCCAACAAUAGCCAAAAUGAGAAAUCCUCUCAUGAAAACCCAGUUUUUCGAGAAUUAGCCGUCAUCAACGGAAAGAUUAAUCGCAUGAGCAAUGACGAACUGAAACGUAAGUGUGUAUAGCAAUACUUGAAUAUAUGGAUCAUUAAUAUUUCCA